AUGCGAGUCGUUGGUCGAGCGACUGAACUCGGGCGCAGGUUGAUAUGGCGAGUCGUUGUCGGUGAAUCCAAGGGGCCCAAGGGGCUCGACCCGGCCGUGCUGGCGUCGCUCCCGGUGACGCCGUAUGCCGAUCUGGCUGGGUCAGCGAUGGUGGGGUCGGAGUGCGCCAUGUGUCUGGCGGAGUUCGGUGGCGGCGACGCUAUCAGGGUGAUGGCGGCGUGCGACCACGGGUUCCACGUGGGCUGCAUCGACCCGUGGCUCUCUGGGCACGUCACGUGCCCCGUGUGCAGGUCGGACCUGGCGACGCCCUGCAACGUCAUUGUGGUCAACGGAUAA